AUGGAAGCAAUCAGACAGAACCCAGCAGAGUUAUUUAGAUUUGUAAACAUCGGUGUAGGAAGUUUCGCCGUAGCAGGAGGAAUUGGGUCACUCAUCAAUCAUUCCUUCUCAAGUAUAAUUAUCGGUAUAUACGAAGUAAUUAUCGGUGCCCUCAUCAUCUUCCUCGAAAUCCGCACACCCACAGAGGAACAUAAAGCCUUGGUCCACAAGUAUGCAAGUUUCAUGCAUUCUUUCAUUGGUCGAGGUGUCUUCUACCUCUUACUUGGUGUCCUUAUGCUCAAUUACUACACUAUUCUCUACGUGUGUGGUACGGUCGUAGGAUUUGUGGGAUUAGCAUAUAUCGCAUUGAAUUUUGUUCAGAUGUUCGAAGCUCCUUCAACGAUGCAACCUCCUAACACCGAUCCCGAAUCUCAACCAGUCUGGCAAGGACCUACCGAGUAG